AUGCCCGUUAAUAUUACCCCCGAGCAGGCUGCUGAUACGGCCAAGGGACUAAUCACGGUCGCUCUGUCCGUCACUCUCUUUCGACUUGGUAUACGGUUGCACGACAAGCGAUGGGGCUGGGAUGAUUUCUGGGCUGCCCUUUCGAUCGUCGCUUCGUCCCUCGUGCUCACCGGCGCGUGCAUAUCGUUGACACCCAAACCAUGGAUGAGCAGAGACGUCUUGGUACUGGGCUAUUACUUCGCCGCCACGGGCUUCUACUGCACCGUCUGGUCAUGUCGAUUAUCCAUCCUCUGCACCAUCAUGCGUAUCAUCCCUAAUUGGUGGAUCAAGUACUUCCGUGUCAUGGGCGCCGCCUUCGCGGGGAUGUGGCUCUUCCUCUUCGUUCAGGCGCUCGUGCAUUGCGAAGGCGAUCCGACUUGGAAGGAUACGACGGGACAAUGCUCGCUUGGGCGUCCGGUGGCUAUCGCGCAACUCAUAACCGAUAUCGUCUCGGACCUUGCGCUCAGUCUCGCGCCCGUGAGCAUGCUAUGGCAGGCCAACUUGCCCAAGGGCCAGCGCGUGCGGCUGAUCACGGUGUUCGCAUCCUGCAUUCUGACGACCCUUGUCUCCCUCGCCCACGCCUACUGCAUCUGGGUCAACAGAGGACUCGACGAGUUCUUCGCUGCGAUGUUCGAGACCUCCGUCAGCAUGAUGGUCGCGAGCCUCAGCGUCCUCGUCGGCUUCUUCACCCGCCUCAGCCGCGGCGGCACCAGCGGCGGGCACAUGAGCACGAGCGGCGGCGCGACCGGCGCGUCGGGCAUCGAGCUCAGCAGGGCCGGGCGCGCGAUCAACGUGGACAUCUCCACGACGGUGUGGGUGGACGACGAUGGGGAGCGGGGGCAGGCGAAGUCGCACCCGACGCGCUCGGUGGAGGAGGGGCUGGAGUCGUACGAUAAGAAGGCGGAUGAUAGGGUGUACGAUGGGUGA